UCCGGCUUCCUCUCCGCCUCAUGGGUUCUUCUUUCUUUGUGUUAUGUUACGUUGGAAGGCCUCUCCAUCCACUUUCACCCGUUUCUCUAGCUAGCUCUAUCUUUGCGCAGAGGCCGAUGACUAUUUCAAAGCAGGUGGUCCGAUAUCUUCUCCUCCCAUGCCACAGAAUAAUUCUUCUCUCUCGUUCUGAAAAAAUGAAAAAGAAAAGAGAUUUGAGGUGUUGUGACUUGUGAGGGAGAUGACAACAAUACCAACAAACCAACAGGAUUGGGAUGAUGAGGACUGUUUUUUCGAGACCCUUGAUCGAGUUCCCUCUAGCAUCUCUAUUGAUUUCGAUCUCCCUUCAUCCAACUCCGAGAGUGACCAAGAGGACGACGUGCGCUCCUCGUUCGCAUCUGCUAUUGGGGCUCCCUCGUGCUUCAGGAAUUCCCAAAUCGAUGGUGACGAUGAUGACAUUCGAGGAAGCCGAGACUUCGACUACGGGAUCUGGAUGGCAGAGCCCAUGUCUAUCCAGGAACGCCGUCGCCUUCUCCUUCACGGAAUGGGUCUUACUAGCAGCAAGAACUUGCGUCACAAUACCUCCAUUCAUCAAUCUUCUUGCAUAGCCACCUCUACUAAAGACGCUCCUCAGCAAUCCUCCCCGAAGAUGCCCUUUCCUUCGACCCUGCUGCUCCACCGUUCAAGGUCCUGCAGCUACAUUGCAUCUCCACCGUCACCGUCAACAUUCCACUCUUCGCUACUACGGUCACGCUCAGAACCUUCUUUGUUGUGGGAGGGGGGUCGAGAGGAAUACGGAAAUGGAAGCAGCGAGAGGUAUAAUGGUGUAAAUGGCAUCAAACGGGCUCUUAUGGCGCAGCCUUCUCUUUGCAGGAUUAAGAACCUGGACACAGGAAAGGAAUUUAUGGUGACUGAGGUGGCUAAGGACGGAACAUGGGGUAAACUGAAUGAUCUCCAAACCGGCCAUCAGCUCACCAUGGACGAGUUCGAAAAGUGUCUCGGUCACUCCACCAUCAUCAAAGAGGUGAUGCGCCGUGCUCACCUUGGCAGCGGUGGAGACAGCAAGCAGAAGCAGUCCAAGUGCUCGUCCAAAUCCCGAAGCAAUAGCUACAGGAAGAAGGGCGGCUGGCUCAAGAACAUCAUGUUCGUUGCCGGUUCUGUGACGGGUCUAAUGUCCGACAAAUCAUCAUCAUCAUCGGCAUCAUCGCCGUCCUGCAGCAACUCCCCCAACUCUUCUGAGGUUAUGAAAGUCCGUCAACAUGGAAAACCUUAUAAGGAGCUCACCGGGCUGUGCAUGUGCCAGGAGAUCCAAGCCCAUCAGGGUUCCAUAUGGACCAUUAAGUUCAGCCCCAAUGCACGUUACUUGGCAAGCGCUGGCGAGGACCGUGUUAUCCACAUUUGGCAAGCCCUUGGACGUGACACCUCUGCCUCCUCCUCCUCUUCUGUCAGGAGGGAGCCAUCCCAAAUGUCCAUGGCAGCCUGUGGAUCUGCUGACUCCCAAGCUGCCCUCUUGGGCACUCAAACAUUAAAGAGAGCAACACGCAAAGGGUUGGGACCUUUUGCUAGUGGCAGGAGAUCUCUUCCUGAAAAUAUCGUUAUGCCGGAGACCGUUUUCUCCCUCUUUGAUAAGCCAUUUUGCUCAUUCCACGGCCACCUGGAUGAUGUGUUGGAUCUCUCAUGGUCCCAGUCUCAGUAUCUAUUGUCCUCAUCAAUGGACAAAACAGUUAGACUUUGGGACAUGGAGACCAAGGCUUGUUUGAAGUUGUUUGCACAUAAUGAUUAUGUAACAUGCAUCCAGUUCAACCCAAUAGAUGACGGGUACUUCAUUAGUGGUUCUCUUGAUGCCAAGGUCCGCAUAUGGAGCAUAAGUGAUCGUCAAGUUGUUGAUUGGUGUGAUCUCCAUGAAAUGGUAACUGCUGCUUGCUACACUCCAGAUGGCCAGGGUGCCUUAGUUGGUUCGCACAAGGGGAGCUGCCGGAUUUUCGACGUAUCUGAUGGUAGGUUGUGUCAAAAAGGGCAGAUAGAGUUUCAGAACAAGAAAAAGAAGUCACAUGCUAAAAAAGUUACCGGGUUCCAGUUCGCCCCUGGCAAUGCAUCUGAAGUGUUGAUUACCUCUGCAGAUUCACAAAUUCGAGUCUUUGACGGUCUUGAUAUGGUUCACAAGUUCAGAGGUUUUCGUAACACAAGCAGCCAGAUAGCAGCCUCGUAUACAUCUGAUGGGAAAUAUGUGGUUUGUGCCAGCGAGGACUCUCAUGUCUAUAUCUGGAAGCGAGAAGGGGCAAGGGGUCCAGGCUUUGGAGGUAAAAGCAAGGGUUGGGCCACCACUCGAUCUCAUGAGCACUUCCCCUGUAGGGACGUGUCAGUCGCCAUCCCCUGGCCUGGUAGUGGAAGCUGCUGCAGACCACAAGUAUCCAACUCUGGGCUUGAAGACAAUUUCCACAGCAGCAGAAGUCAUGGUCAUCCACCUCUGCCCAAGAAAAGUUUCUCGGAGCAUUCGCUAGUGUGCUCCGACGACCUCAGUUGCCCAUCUCAUUCAUUAUCAGGGGUUGGCAGUUCAUCAUUGGCUCCGUUGCAGCCCAGGACCUCUGUUUCAGCUACAUCUUCGUCAUCCCCCUCUACUUCCUGGGGGCGGUAUGGUGGAAGUGGUAGCAAGGGCAGUAGCUGCAUUGAGGAAGGCAGCGCAUGGGGUUUGGUCAUUGUCACCGCAGGACUUGGCGGGGACAUUAGAAUAUACCAAAAUUUUGGUUUACCAGUCCGACUUGGCCGUCAGACUAAUUUGUUUUGACUUUGAGUUACCUGCUCGGCAGAUUAAUUUUGGUUUACCAGUUCGACAUUAUUAUUAUUUCUUUUACAACUUUAUAUUUGAUAAGAUA